AUGACCGAUAGCAGCAAAUCGGAGUUUCACGUCGCCAUCAUCGGCGCCGGCAUUACCGGCGUCAACUUAGCCCUCGCACUCCUGCAUCGGGGUGUGCGUUACACUAUAUACGAGCGCUCGCCGGGCUAUCGUGAGAUCGGCGCGGGAAUCGGCUUUAGCCCAAACGCGGAGCGAGCCAUGCUCAGGAUUCAUCCUGAAGUGUUGCCAGCCUUCAAGCGUGUGGCCAAUCCAAACGGCAAGGACUACUUCCAGUGGAUUGACGGUUGUCGCCCCGAUGACCUCCUGCUGUGUCGUCUGUUCGUUGGUGAGAAUGGCUUUCAGGGCGGUCGCCGCCAGGACAUUCUCGAAGAAUGGGCCAAGCUAGUGCCCCGGGAUACCGUGCAAUUUGGAAAGGAGAUCCGAGACAUCGAGGAACCGGAGAAGGGUCCCUUGACAUUACACUUCCAGGACGGUAGCACCGCCCAUGCCUCUGUCGUUGUCGGUUGUGAUGGUAUCCGCUCGCGCGUUCGCCAACUCAUCUUGCCGCCUGGCUCACCGGCUGCACAUGCCUCAUACACGGCAAAGUACUGCUUUCGUGCCCUGGCCCCAAUGUCCGCUGCGGUGGCCUCCCUAGGACCUUACAAGCCGUCCACCCGCUUCAUGUACAUCGGCCCCGGCGCGCACAUCAUCACUUACCCUGUCGGCAAUAACACUCAACUCAAUAUGCUUGCUGUCGUGUCCGAGAACGGCUCUCCCGACCCAUCACGCUGGCCACUCGCCCCGGGUAGCCAUCACACCGCACCGAGCGUACGCGAGGAACUCGAACGCGCAUUCACCGAAGAGUGCGGCUUCUACAGCCAUACAGUACACAAAAUUGUACGACUCUUUCCCGAGCGCCUCGACAAGUGGGCCAUCUUUGACAUGGCUGAAAACCCAGCCCCGCAAUACCAUCGAGGCAGGAUCUGCAUAGCGGGAGAUGCCGCACAUGCGUCUGGUCCACAUCUUGGAGCUGGUGCUGGUAUGGGCAUUGAGGAUGCACUGGUACUGAGUGAAGUGAUUGCCAGAGCAGCAGGAGGGGGCGAAUGGUUAGUCGAAAAAGCACUUGAGGCAUUCAAUUCACUGAGGUACGAACGUACCCAAGAGGUCGUCCAUAUGACGCGUGAGUCGUGUGAGCUGUUUCACUGGCGCAGGCCCGAAGUCUCUGGCGACCCACAAAAGUUUGUCGCCGAGAUGGAGAGGCUGUUUCAUCGGGUUUGGCACUAUGACAUUGAAGAGGCUAUCAGGCAGGCGUUGUCAAUCGUGGAGGGCCACAAGGCCGGUCGUCUUUGA